GCGCAGGCGCCGCAGCCAGCGCCCCCGACGCCAGGACUGCGCAGGCGCGCCGUCCGCGGAAUUUUCUGCGCUUCCUUCUCCCUCUCUCCAGACGUCGUGGUCGUUGGGUCCUAUGUCGCGCCGGGCCCUCAGGAGGCUGAGGGGGGAACAGCGCGGCCAGGAGCCCCUCGGGCCCGGUGCCCUGCAGUUCGACCUCCGUGACGACGAUGACGCGGAAGAGGAAGGGCCCAAGCGGGAGCUGGGUGGCCGGUGCCCCGGGGAGGCAGGGAAGGAGGGCGUCCGAGUCAACAACCGGUUCGAGCUGAUAAACAUUGAAGAUCUUGAGGAUGACCCUGUGGUGAACAGGGAGAGGUCUGGCUCUUCGCUCACAGACGCUGCGGCACCGGGGAACAAAGGAAGGGCUCAGCGUGGAAACAUAGACACCAAGGCGGAUGGAGGCGUGGCCAGGACAGCGCCCCCAGAGCAGUCUAAUGCAAGUGGCAAACUCCGGAAGAAGAAAAAGAAACAGAAAACUAAGAAAAGCAGCACGGGAGAAGCACUGGAAAACGGACUAGAAGAUAUUGAUCGCAUCCUGGAGAGGAUUGAGGACAGCAGUGGUUUGAACCGUCCCGGCCCAGCUCCCCUGAGCUCCAGGAAGCACGUUCUCUACGUGGAGCACAGACACUUGAAUCCAGACACAGAACUGAAAAGGUAUUUUGGUGCUCGGGCAGUCCUGGGGGAACAAAGGCCACGGCAGAGACAGCGCGUAUACCCCAAGUGCACAUGGCUGACGACCCCUAAGAGCACCUGGCCCCGGUACAGCAAACCAGGUCUGUCCAUGCGGCUGCUGGAAUCGAAAAAAGGCCUGUCCUUGUUUGCGUUUGAGCACAGUGAGGAGUACCAGCAGGCGCAGCACAAGUUCCUGUUGGCGGUGGAGUCCAUGGAGCCCAACAACAUCGUGGUUCUGCUCCAGACGAGCCCCUAUCACGUGGACUCGCUCCUGCAGCUCAGCGAUGCCUGCCGCUUUCAAGAGGAUCAGGAGAUGGCUCGAGACCUCGUAGAGAGAGCGCUGUACAGUAUGGAGUGUGCGUUCCACCCCUUGUUCAGCCUCACCAGCGGGGCUUGCCGGCUGGAUUACCGCAGACCUGAGAACAGGAGCUUCUACCUGGCCCUCUACAAGCAGAUGAGCUUCCUGGAGAAGCGAGGCUGCCCACGCACGGCACUGGAGUACUGCAAGCUCAUCUUGAGCCUGACGGUGCCCCUUUCUCCUUUGUUCUGCUCUCUGCUCUGCCUCCGGCCCACUCCCGGCCUGACGGCUCAUCGGAACCUGUCGCAGCUCCCAAAUUUUGCCUUCUCUGUUCCACUGGCGUAUUUCCUGCUGAGCCAGCAGACAGACCUCCCUGAGCAUGAGCAGAGCUCUGCCAGGGAGAAGGCCUCGCUCCUGAUACAGCAGGCACUCACCAUGUUCCCUGGAGUCCUCCUGCCCCUGCUCGAGUACUGCAGCAUGCGGCCCGAUGCCACCGUGUCCACUCAUCGCUUCUUUGGACCCAAUGCCGAGAUAAGCCAGCCCCCUGCCCUGAGCCAGCUGGUGAGCCUCUAUCUCGGGAGGUCACACUUUCUCUGGAAAGAGCCCGCCACCAUGAGCUGGCUGGAGGAGAACGUCCACAGGGUGCUGCAGGCAGUGGAUGCCGGAGACCCUGCGGUGGAAGCCUGUGAGCACAGGCGGAAGGUGCUCUACCAGCGCGCACCCAGGAAUAUCCACCGCCAUGUGAUCCUCUCUGAGAUCAAGGAAGCCGUUGCUGCCCUGCCCCCGGACGUGACCACGCAGUCUGUGAUGGGGUUUGACCCUCUGCCUCCCGCGGACACCGUCUACUCCUACGUCAGGCCCGAGAGAUUAAGUCCCAUCAGCCAUGGAAACACGAUCGCGCUCUUCUUUCGGUCACUGUUGCCAAAUUAUACCAUGGAGGGGGAGAGACCCGAGGAAGGAGUGGCUGGGGGUCUGAACCGCAACCAGGGCCUCAACAGGCUGAUGCUGGCUGUGCGCGACAUGAUGGCCAACUUCCACCUCAACGACGUAGAGGCGCCCCACGAGGACGACGCGGAGGGGGAGGGGGAGUGGGACUGAGCGUCCGCAGAGUGCCUGGAAGCUGUACACUUACGUUCCUGAUUUCUGUGCUGGUUGGAAUUGGCCAGCUCCCUGAAGUAGAGAUGCUGACUGUACUGCCGGCCUGGUCCGCUGUGUCUCCUAUAAACAUGCCUUGAGUCCACCCACACGGGGAUGUGGUGUUUGGAGCUCCAGCAGCCGUCCUGUGCUUGGGAGUCAAAGAAGAGCCGGUGUUCCAGGGACAGUGAGUGCAGCAGAGGUUGAGCCCAGGCCUGCUGUCCUGAGAGGUGGCUGGGUCACUGAUGCCUUGGCACUGCUGCUGGGGUUAUGUCGUGAGCUGCCGCUGAGCCUGUUUCUAAUGACCGUGAGAUCUGAAGACUACUCUCAAGGCUUGGCCUCUUCCAUGCUUGUGGGGGAUGGUGGAUCCUGCUUCCUCCCCGGCCCUGCAGAGCCCAGCGAGAGCCUGAGGCACACGUGGCCUCCCCGGUGCCCAUCGCAGCAUUGCUUUCCAGCUGGGCCCUUUUCCACUGAGCCAGAUCCCCCCCAGAGUCUUCAACACAGGCACCUCCCACACCCCACCCCUGGGUUCAAAGGAAACUGGCAGCCCCUGAGCCAAGGGCUGAGGUGGGCUGUGGGCCCGGCUGUCCUUGGGAGCUGUACUGGAGCUCACCACGUUGGGACCCAGAGGCAGACUCACGGUGGCCCAAGAGCUCGGGACUGUUGGUCCGGCGGUGACCCCCACCUCCCUGUGCAUGGCUGCAGCUGGACAGGCCACCCUGGGCUACAGAGCUGGUUUCCCUGCAGCCCUUGGGUGCACACUGAGGGCAUGCAUGCAUAUGUGUGUACAUAUUCGUGUGUGCGCACGCGUAUGUGUG